CACAACAAGGCGUGGGAGAUAUAAAAGAAGACUGCACUGAGAGCCUUGGUUCUGCUUAAUGGGAGCCCGGGGCCUGCCCUCAUACCUGGAGCCUUUCACACAUCUUGCUCCAUGCCUCUCCAAUUACUUCCACUGUCCGACUGCAACAAAGACCCAACUGACUGCCCUUUCCUUCCCAGACCCCAUCAGUGUGGAUCCACCUGAGAUUUCCCCUUCACUAUCUCUCCAGCAUCUAUAGUAAUGAAGUGUCUUGUGUAACCUUGUAAAUGAGGCUUUUCCUAAUUAAAAAAAAGGGGGUACACAGAGUAUCCAAAGGGACUCAUGUUAAUUCUGUAACUCUACCUACCACAGAGCUUGAAAAGCAAGGUUUUGGACUGUGUGUGUGUUUCUGCCGUUUUGUCCAUAAAUGCCCCAGAGUGAGACUGUACUACUUAGGUGAGGUUGUGUGCCCUGAACUUUAAAUGUACUGGGUGAACUCUGGAAAAAUCUAGAGCACAUCUAAGGCCUAAUUGAAGGGCGCCAUCCUUAUAAUCUCCGUCAACCACCUUCUGAGGUACAAAUAAUUCACCUGGAUUCAUCAAUUUGAAAGAAAUUAUCACCGAGUGUUUUUCAAUGCUGCCUGAGAUGCUGAGUGAAACAUUCAUAGCCUGGGUAUUUAAAUGUCAUUGUUCCAAAAAGAUCAGUCAGUGUUUGCACCAAAUUUUUCCAACAAAGACAUAUUUUGUCAUCGUUUGGCCCAUUGCAGGUGUAAAUGACAGAUCCUGCCCGAAAGACUUGACACUCAUCCUGUAUGAGAGCCGCUCUUUGUGCAAAACAUUCCUCCCCUCCCGUGUUUAAAGACAUUUCUAGAAGCACGUUUUUCCACUUCCCCUCCAUCAUUUGUACAUCUCUGACCUCCCCGCUACCCUUCGUAAAUAUUGCCCUGUUUCCACUCCUUCUCUUCCUCAGAUUCCUACGCAGCCCCUCCUCUCAACUUCCCUCCCCUCCCCACCCACCCCCUUCCCCAUACACCGAUCUCAGAUUAAGGUGAACACUAUCCCCGGUAAAGUUUGCACCUGCUUCUUUGGGCAAAACUCCUUCCACAGCUCCAACAGGAGCUUUUCAUUCUCCACACUUUCCUAAGCGCAUGACUAUUCCAAAUACCCAACACAAAACUCUGGAUUGUUGUUGCUGCUAGUGGUAUCUUGUGGAGCUGGAAUUGGACAAGAAAACCCCUUCUGGACAUCCAACUCCUCUUUAAACUCUCUUCUCUUUUCAUCACUUCAACAACUAUCACCUCCUUUCACCCCCUCCAUCGCCACCACCACGCUGUGGAUGGUCCUCUGCUGGAUGGGACACUGCUACGAGUACGUUGCCAGGUUAGACUAGACUGGUGCUAGAUGUCCGUCUUCUGAAGGCAGAAUGGUCAGGUCAGGCUGUCCAGUCCUCCUGCUCCACCUCUUCAGCAUCUUUGCACAGACAGGAGCAAGUACUCAGGAUAUCCUGUAUCCAUAUGGACCAGGCCAUAGGGAUCUAGAGACCCCCAAGAUGGAUGAUGGGAGUUCUCCAGAAGUUACUUUGCUCAUUCACUUUGUAUUCUUCAACAUCCCCUACCGUUCAAUCUAUAUCAACAACAAUGGUGUGAUAUCAUUCAACGUCCAGGUUAGCCAGUUCACACCAGAGGCUUUUCCUCUGAGUGACAGCCGAUCAUUCAUUGCUCCACUUUGGGCAGAUGUGCACAACGGCAUCCGCGGAGACGUCUAUUACCGAGAGUCCACUGAACCAGAAAUACUGGAGAGGGCGACACAAGAUGCCCGGAAGUACUUCAAAAAUAUGCCCACCUUCACCGCUACCUGGGUCUUUAUUGCAACAUGGCACCAAGUCACCUUCUAUGGAGGAAGCCAGACAACCCCAGUGAACACAUUCCAAACCAUACUAAUCUCAGACGGCGUAGCAUUCUUCAGUAUGUUUAACUAUGGAGAAAUCACGUGGAGCACAGGAACAGCCAGUGGUGGAGAUCCUCUAACAGGACUUGGUGGGACAACAGCUCAGGCAGGUUUUAAUGGUGGAGACAUUGGUCACUUCUUCAACCUGCCGGGAUCACGGUCAAAUGAUGUUGUGAACAUUGAACAGUCAACUAAUGUAAAUAUUCCUGGGCGCUGGUUCUUCCGCGUCGAUACUGAGCAAAUAGAUCCUGCCAAUGGCUGCAGCUACAAUGGGCGCUAUUAUAGACGAGGGGAAAACUUCUGGUUGUCUGAUCAGUGCUCACAGCGAUGCCGCUGCCUUGACAUCGACAAUGAGGUUCAGUGCCAAGAAGCUCCAUGCGGGCAGCUGGAGACCUGCGAGCAGCAGGAAGGGGCCUUUUACUGCCAGCCGACCCGCACCAGCACCUGUGUGGUAUUUGGCGACCCUCAUUACCACACCUUCGAUGGCUUCCUCUAUCACUUCCAGGGUACUUGCUCCUACCUGCUGGCCCGACCCUGCUGGGAGGUGGCAGGACUGCCCUUCUUCAGUGUGGAGGCCAAAAAUGAGAACCGGGGGAUUACCGCUGUUUCCUGGCUCAGAGAUGUCACAGUGGAAGUGUAUGGUCACAGAGUCACAUUACCCAAAGGCAGUUUUGGAACUGUCCAGGUGGAUGGCUUGAUGAAGACUUUACCAGUCCAACUCCAGCUUGGUGCGAUCAGGAUGUAUCAAUCUGGGGUUGCCGUUGCUUUAGAAACAGACUUUGGACUCUUGGUAACUUAUGAUGGCCAACACUACGCCUCCAUCUCCCUACCCGGCUCCUACUUCAACAACACUUGUGGCCUGUGUGGUAACUAUAACGAUGACCCUGCUGAUGAUCCUGUACUACCUGAUGGCUCUCUAGCAGAAAGCGUUGUGGAGUUGGGGGGCAGUUGGCGAGCAGAGGACCCAGACUGGAGGUGCACAGACGGCUGCAUCCAAAACUGCAGCGUGUGUGACCCUCUUACCGAAGCCUUCUACUUUCGCUCAGACUACUGUGGGCUCAUCAACAAAACUGAUGGACCUUUUAGGGACUGCAGAGCUGUAGUGGACCCUACAGCCUUUGUGUACAGCUGUGUAUACGACAUGUGCAGCAACAGGGAUAACAUCACCACACUCUGCCAGGCCAUCCAGGCCUACGCUCUAGCCUGUCAGGCCCUGGGUGUCACGAUACGACCCUGGAGAUCACGCAACUUCUGCGCUUUGUCAUGUCCGGAGUAUAGCCAUUACCAAGUGUGCACAAGUGCCUGCCCAGCCUCCUGCUCGGACCUCACUGCGCCCCUGUACUGUGCUCACCCUUGCACCGAGGGCUGCCAAUGCGACCCAGGUUAUGUUCUCAGUGGCAGCCGUUGUGUACAGCGUGAAGACUGUGGCUGUGAGCACAAUGGCCUCUAUUACCCCCUUAAUGACACUUUCUGGGCUGGUCCCAGUGGUGAGGAAGGUGAAUGUACCCUCCGCUGCACCUGUGGGCCUGCUGGGGAGGUCUCCUGCUUCAAUGCGUCCUGUAAGGAUGGUGAAGUGUGUGUGGCAGAAGUGGGCUGGCUGGGUUGCUACCCUCGGAGGGAGGGAGUGUGCUCAAUCACCCAGAACUCAGUGACAUCUUCCUUUGAUGGCACCUUCAUGCUGUUUCCAGAUGACAGCUCCUACUACCUGCUGAAGUUGUGUGGUGCAGUGCCAGCUAAUGGCUCGAUGGUGGAGGUGAAGAUAGGGAGGCGGCUGGUCAACAAAGGCCCCACUUGGAAAAAACCUGUGGUAGUUACAGUGGCUAACCUGGAAGCUCAGAUAGGAGGGACGGACUUUGACACAGUUAAGGUGAAUGGUGAACUUGUGGCGCUUCCGUAUGUCCAUCCAAUGGAGACAAUGAUGAUCUACAAGGCGCCAGGCAAUGCUACAGUGGUGGAGUCACGUGGUCUGCUUCGUGUUCACUACACACGCCAGGGAUUCAUCAACAUCUCCCUCUCCACUGUAUUCUACAAUGUCACUUGUGGUCUAUGUGGUGUCUUCAAUAGCAAUGCCACCGAUGACCUCCGCCUCCCUAAUGGACGCCUGGCAGAGUCGACCGAACAGUUCACAGAUGGCUGGCGGGCCAUUGCCGAUGACCUCACCUGUAACGGUGACUGCGAUGACCUGUAUCGCAUGUGCACAGACUUGCGUCUUUACCAGAGUCCUUGGAUGUGUGGCAACAUCAAUGACCCGGGAAACAGUUCAUUUCUGGCAUGUCACGCAGUGGUCAACCCAUCGCCGUUCUUCAGGAACUGCUUGUACAACAUGUGCGUGAAGCAAGGGAACCGUUCUGCUCUGUGUUCUUCACUCCAGGCUUAUGCCAACGCCUGUACGGAUGCUCACAUAGGCCUCACUUCCUGGAGGAGUGCCACCAAUUGCCCUCUUCCGUGUCCAGAGAACAGUCAUUUUGAUGAGUGCACCGGCGCCUGCCCUCUGACCUGUGCCAACUUGGAUGAACCCGAGGAGCCGUGUCCACUGCCGUGCCAAGAGGGCUGUCAGUGUGAGGAAGGCUUCGCGCUGCGGGACGGCCUGUGCGUGGCACGCAGUGACUGUGGCUGCGUGAGCCUCGGGCGCCAGCUGGCCACUAAUCAGACUUUCUGGACGGACUGGGAAUGCCAGGAGCGCUGCUACUGCAAUGGCUCUGACAACAGUGUGUACUGUCAGCUCGCACCCUGUCACCCUGAGGAGUACUGCCAGGAGAGCGACGGCCUGUAUUUCUGCCAGCCGCGCACUGAGGCCCUGUGUGUGGCAGCCGGCUAUGGACAUUUUCUUCCAUUCGGCGGCGUUUCAUUCGAGCUGCAGAGCUCUUGUACUCUCAGGAUGGUCACCAACAACUGUGGAGGCGAGAGCGUGGACCACGCAGACGUCUCUGGAACGAUUCCUCAAUUCAAACUGGCAGCUCGCAAUGAGGAAAGGGACACAGGCCAGGCCAUUUGGGUGAGGGGCUUCGUACUGGAGGUCUACGAGUAUGAGAUCGAAGUCUCUCGGACCUACAAAAACACGGUCACGGUGAAUACGGAGCGUUUGUACCUUCCUCUGAAGCUCGGCCCGGGAAAGGUCAACAUCUUCACCCUGGGCAUGCAGCUCAUCCUGGAGACAGACUUCGGCCUGAGGGUGGCCUUCGACUGGAACACCCUCCUCGUGUUGUCUUUGCCCCGCAACCUCUACAACACCUCCUGUGGCCUCUGCCACGGCAUGCCCUCAUCCCCGCCCACCCUCACCGCCACCGACUGGGGCAUGGCCUGGGCGGAGAGGGACACCUUCUGCCAGGUGGGCUGUGGAGACUCCUGCCAGCGCUGUGGCCUGGGAGAGACAAGUGCGCAAAACGACGCCCCCCCAAUGGUGGCGGACGCCGACGUGAACGUGGACACCGACAGCGGGGCAAAUGAAGUCAACGCGGGCAUACGCUUCCACAUGGGAGAUGGACUGUACGUGUUUGUGGAGCCUGAGGCAGUGAGGCUGUGUGGCCUGGUUGUGGACCGAGGAGGCGUGUUCGCACGCUGCCACAGCAAGGUGGCGCCAGCCUUCUUUUAUCAGAGCUGCCUGCAGGACACCUGCUUGGACCAGGGAGCUCAGGAUACAAUCUGUAACUGGCUGCAGAUCUACGCCAGCACCUGUCAGACGCAGGGAGUUCCUGUUACCGGCUGGAGGAGUGAUACGCCAUGUGUCCAGAGCUGUCCGCCGAACAGCCACUACUCCGGCUGCGUGUCGGUUUGCCCGCCCCAGUGCGCCCCCGCCCGCGGCCAGCGGGACUGCAGCCAGGACUGCGUGGAGGGCUGCCAGUGCGACCAGGGCUACGUGCUCAACGGCAAGAGCUGCAUCCUCUCUCAGAACUGUGGCUGCUACACCGAUGGCAAGUACUACGAGCCCAAACAGCUGUUCUGGAACAGCGACUGCACCAAACGCUGCCAGUGCAUCGGAAGGAACCUGAUCCAGUGCGACCCCAGGCGCUGCAAGGCCGAGGAAGAGUGCACCCUGCGGUACGGCGUGCGGGGCUGUUUCGCGCGGCGCUUGCAGCACUGCGUGGCGUCGGGCGGCGGCGUCUUCAGGACCUUCGACGGGGCGUCGCUGCGGCUCCCGGCCUCCUGCUCCUUCGUCUUGUCCACCAACUGCCACAAGCUGCCCGACCUCUCCUUCCAGCUCAUCGCCAACUUUGACAAAUGGAGCACGCCCAACCUCACCACCAUCUCCCAUGUCUACCUUUACAUCAACGAGGAGAACAUUCUCAUCUCCGGCAGCACUAUCAAGGUCAACGGCACACCGGUGUCAGUACCAUUUCUCACAGGGCUGAUGACACGUCUGACCACAUCCGAGGGCUUCAUCGUCAUCGACACGCCGCAGGACAUCCAGAUUCGAUACAACCGCUUUAACACCCUCAGCAUCACGAUGGGCCAGCGGCUUCAGAACAAGGUGUGCGGCCUCUGCGGGAAUUUCAACGGUGACCCCAGUGACGACUACAUCACCUCGAGAGGCAAGCCGGCCGUCAGCGCCCUGGAGCUGGCGCAGAGCUGGAAGACCAACGGUAUGCAGAACAGUUGUGACGAGACCCAGUACGUGGCUCUGGCCCAGUCAUGUGACAACACGGCGGUGCUGGCGCUGCAAGGUGAAGACGCCUGUCAGAAGCUGACGCAGCUGAAGGGCUUCUUCCAGCCGUGCCACGGCCUGCUGGACCCCCGGCCCUUCUUCCAGUCCUGCUACCUGGACGGCUGCUACAACCACCGCAAGGCCCAGGUGUGCGGCUCGCUGGCGGCCUACGCCGAGGCCUGCCGCUCCCUGGGGACCCUCACCACCAAGUGGAUCAACCAGGAGAACUGCUCAGAAUGGAUCUUUGACCCCUGUGCAGGAGAGAUCUGCACAAACUUCACCUGUGAGCUGGAGAACGGCGGCGACCUGUGCGGCUGUCCAGAGUUACCCACCAGCACCGGGGGCGACGACGGCAUCAUUCAGGCGGAGGUGACGUGCAAACACGCGCAGAUGGAGGUUUCCAUCUCCAAGUGCAAGCUCUUCCAGCUGGGCUUCGAGCGGGAGGACGUCCGGGUCAACGACAAUCACUGCUCCGGCAUCGAGGGGGAGGACUUCAUCUCCUUCCGCAUCAACAACACCAAGGGACACUGCGGCUCCAUCGUGCAGUCGAACGGGACACACAUCAUGUACAAGAACACCGUGUGGAUAGAGAGCGUGAACAACACCGGCAACGUCAUCACCAGAGACAAGACCAUCAACGUGGAGUUCUCCUGCGCCUACGAACUGGACCUGAAGAUCUCCCUGGAGACGGUCCUCAAACCCAUGCUCAGCGUGAUUAACCUCACCUUACCGACCCAGGAGGGGAACUUCAUCACCAAGAUGGCCCUGUACAAGAACUCGUCGUACCGGCAGCCCUACAGGGAGGGGGAGGUGGUGCUCAGCACGCGGGACAUCCUCUUCGUGGGCGUCUUCGUGGAAGGGGCCGAUGAGAAUCAGCUCAUCCUCAUCGUGAACAUGUGCUGGGCCACGCCGUCCCGCCACAGCAGUGACCGCCUGCGCUACAUCAUCAUAGAGAGGGGGUGCCCGAACGUCAAGGACAACACCAUCGGCAUGGCCGAGAACGGCGUCUCGCUCACCUGCCGCUUCCACGUCACCGUCUUCAAGUUCAUCGGGGACUACGACGAGGUCCACCUCCACUGCGACGUGUCCCUGUGCGACUCGGAGGCCAACGCCUGCAAAGUGAACUGUCCGCACAAGAGGAGGAUGUACUCGGAGGACAGCGAGCACACGGAGCACAUCCUGUCCGUGGGACCCAUAAGGAGGAGAGAGUCCAACUGGUGCGAGGACGACAACGGAGGCUGCGAGCAGAUCUGCACCAGCAAAGGAGCCGGGCCGGUCUGCAGCUGCGUGACCGGGAUGCUGCAGCGAGACAGGAAGAGCUGCCGCACCGUGAACUCGAGCCGCAGCGUUCCGCCCGUGGUUCCUCUGCUGAUCGCCGGCGCUGCGACCUCCGUGCUCCUCGCCGGGAUCCACACUCCCCUCCUGACCUAACAGCCCCGAGAGCCGAGGACGGCGAACAAGGUCGCACACGCGGAAGACGCGAAAAACAGGCGUCGAUUAGUGGGUCGGCAGAAAAUGAUUCAGUUUCAACAUGUGCUGAUUUUUCUUCUUGAAUGUUUCCUAUGUGAUGGCACAUUGAAUAUCUGUGCAUUUCAGACGAAAACAGGAAAUGUAAAGCUAAUUUUGACUUUGGAUAGAUAGAGAUUGUUUUUUUUCUUCCGCUAAAAACAGAAAAAGAUUCCCUGAGAAAGUAAUCAGCAGAUUCAUUGAUAAUGGAAAUAAUCAUUACAUCCAGCCCAUAAAGCAGCAGAUUGCCACUGGUCAUGUAAACAUGAUCAUUUUCAGUAUCGUUAUGACCUUUUUUUUUUUUUUGAGAGGAGCUGGAGCGAGCACUAAGAGGCAGAGUCAUACUUGACCUUUACACAUAUUUGCCACAUCCAGGAGUUUUUCUGUCGAAUGUGACCUGACACACACACACACACACACGCACACACACACACACACACACACACACACACACACACACACACACACAUUUACGACUGGCUGGGAGCCAAUCACAAUGUGACCCACACCAGCUCCAGAUACCGUCCACCUGGCAUGACGAUAGCGUUGCAUUUGCUCCUGCAUUAAUACGUGUUUUCUUUUCCAUAUCCAGAGAUAGAUUAUUACCUGGUGGUGCACAUGUCCUCUAAAUGUUCCUUGUCUGAUAGUGCGUCUGGAAUUAACUGUAACCACAUCUAUUUACUUUUCUAUUUGACCUCCAGACAAACUAAUGCACAGAAAAAACAAAAAAAUUAUGAAAAUGAAUUCCUGUGGCAGCAGAGAAAAAGAAAGGUCUUUGGAUCACGUAGAACCUAGAGACCUUUAUGAAUGAAGCGAGUAUUUAUGUGAGAGGAGAGCAGCUUGUGAAAUGAUUACUCUGAUUACUUUGUGAAGAUAUGAGAUCAGCUGUGCCGUGAAAAUAUUUCAUUUCUUUUUUUCUCGCGUCACACACUCACUCCUCGUGAGUAUCGGAUUUUCCGAGCACAGUCCCUCAUGUGUUAUACGUUUAUGUAUAAAUGUAUGUUGUCAGUAUAUCUCCACAUAUCAUACGUAUGUAAACCUUCAGUGUUUCCGAGCUGAAGCCAGUUGAAAUUCCCACUUUCGGUUUAGUUAAUUCUUGUCCCGUUCUACCUUCUGUGUACAAAUGUACAGUCCUUGUCGGUUGGAUGGUUUAUAUCUUGACUGUUUUUAUUAUUAUUAAUAAUAAUAAUAAUAAUAAUCAGUAUCUUUUCUUUUUCUUCCUUUGUGCCUGUGUGUUCAACAACAUGACCAACAAGAUGUUUUUAUCCCCUGAGAGCUGCGGCGUCACUCCAACAUCAAUAAACGAAGAAGUUCUCAAAGUCA